UUUGCUGGAAACAUCUGCUUUCAUUUCAUUGCGAAAAUAUUUAAUUUACCCCCAAAAAAGAGGAAAAUCAUUGCGAAACAGUAAAAAGGAGGAAUCGAGAAACCGAAGUGUAAUGCCAUGAGCGGUGGCGACGCCGACAUGAUGGAGGCGGAGGCCUCGGCUCCGCCGUCUGCUCCGCCGCGUGAGGUCGGCCCCGCUUCUGACCCUAACGGUAUCAGGAAUUUGCUGGUGAUGGCUCGCAAGCUCAUUAAUCAAGGCAAGCCUUCCCAGGCACUGGAAGCGGUGAUAAUGGCUAUGAAAAUACAAGGCGGAGACAUAGCUGUAUCUCAAGGUCUGAGUCGUGCUCAAGAACUAUACAGGAAUAAAAUUCAAGCCACUUCUGCUGCUGAUGAGUUGGCUUCACUGUUUGCUGAAUGUGCAAUUGCGGAGGCCAUCCCUCUGCAGCCUGAAAUAUCCCACCAAACGAUAAGUGAGGAGGAGCCAAUCGAACCCGAUCCUCAAGAGAGAUCAAUCCUUGCUGAGACAGGGAGGAGGCAGGUCAUGCUUGACGCAUUCUCUGAUGGGAGCAGCUUCGUCUGCUUGCAGUGUGGGGGUCUCGUUAGCAACCAACGUAAAGAGGAGCACUAUGCUUUCUGGUGUUAUAAAGCCUGAGUCACCUUUCUCGUGUUAAGGUUAGUCGUGUUCAUUUCUGGAGAUGCACGUACUGAUCUUGAUAUAUGUUAGCCCUACCAUUAGUGUGCCUUGAAAUGAAAUUUCUUGAAAACGGAGCACCACUUUUCUUUCGUUGGGUGCUUGAACGGGGUACCGGUGAUUCUGGUGAACCAUUUUAUGUGAAAUAUACCUUGUAUCUUUCAACUUUGUAUCAUCAAAUUGACUUACUGGAUGAAAUAAUACAGAGUGCUAUUACUA